GGAUGACCACCCCAGCAACAGUUGCAGGAAAAGUGUUCCUGAUCUUCUAUGGGCUGCUGGGAUGCGCUGGGACUAUCCUGUUCUUUAACCUCUUCCUGGAGCGCAUCAUCACCCUCCUGGCCGUCAUCAUGAAGGCGUGCCAUGAGAGGCACCUGAGGAGAAAUGGCAUUUUGCCGCCAAUUAUCCGAAGGGAAUCUGCGUUCUCUCACGGUGACAGCCUGGCAGGCUGGAAGCCCUCAGUCUACUAUGUCAUGAUGAUCCUGGGGAUUUCUGCCAUCAUUCUGUCAUGCUGUGCAUCAGCCAUGUACACCCCGGUGGAAGGGUGGAACUACAUGGACUCCUUGUACUACUGCUUCGUUACCUUCAGCACCAUCGGGUUCGGGGAUCUGGUAAGCAGCCAGAAUGCUGCCUAUGAGAAUCAGGGAUUGUAUCGCUUCGGGAAUUUUAUAUUCAUCCUGCUGGGGGUCUGCUGCAUCUACUCCCUUUUCAACGUCAUCUCCAUCGUCAUCAAGCAAGUGCUGAACUGGAUGAUCAAGAAGCUGGAUUGCCGGUGCUGCAGAAUGUACCACAAGAACAGCACUUUCCUGAGCCGGAGGAAUGCCAUCACCCCUGGCUCCCGCCUCCGCAGAAACCACUUUUCCAUGGAAACAGACGGCCAGUACGACAGCGACACCGAGGGCAGGAGGCUGUCGGGGGAGAUGAUCUCCAUGAGGGACCUGACCGCAUCUAACAAGGUGUCGCUGGCCAUCAUGCAGAAGCAGCUCUCGGAGACGGCCAACGGCUUCCCGCGGACUGUCUGCAGCAGCUCCAGACAUAACGGCUUCUCCGGCGGGGUGGGCGCCUUGGCCAUUAUGAAUAACCGGUUAGCCGAAACCAGUGACAGCAGGUAAAAAUUUAAUUAACCCUCCAGUU